UGCCAUAAAACCCACUUGUUAGAUUAGUUUAAAGGGGUGUGAGGUAUAUAUAUAUAUCAUCAUUUCAUUCCAUUGAAGAGGGAAAAAGAGAAGCCAUGGAUUUCUCAGGCAACAAAAAGACACUGAUCAUUGUGCUACUCUUUGUAUCUGCUGCUGUUCUAGCACAGAGUAAGGGAACUUCAGAUAUCAAAGUUUGCUAUGGCCGGAAAAGCCCUUGCUUUCUCAAGCAGAUACCCUGCCCAAAGGAAUGUCCAUUGGCUUCACCAACAGACAAGAACGCUAAAAUUUGCUACCUCAACUGUGACUCGCCCAUAUGCAAAGCUGAGUGCAAAAAGCGCAAGCCUAAUUGCGAUGGCCCUGGAUCAGCAUGCAUGGACCCUCGCUUCAUUGGUGGAGAUGGCAUUGUCUUUUACUUCCACGGCAAGAAAAAUGAGUACUUCACCUUAGUUUCUGAUCCCAACCUCCAUAUCAAUGCCCGGUUCAUUGGUCUCCGCCCUGAAGGACGAACCAGGGACUAUACUUGGAUUCAGGCCCUCGGACUCCUUUUUGACUCUAACAGCUUCUCCCUUGAGGCCACCAAAGCAUCAGUAUGGGAUGAUGAAAUUGACCUCUUGAAAUUCACUUACAAUGGAGAGGAGCUAGUCAUCCCAGAAUCCCAUCUCUCUGUGUGGCAAUCUCCAGGUAAUGCCAUUAGAGUGGAGCGAACAUCAAGCAAGAACAGUGUCUUAAUCACUCUCCCAGAAGUUGCUGAGAUUUCAGUAAAUGUGGUGCCUGUGACAAAGGAAGAUGACAGGAUCCACAAUUAUCAGAUACCAUCAGAUGACUGUUUUGCUCACCUGGAAGUACAGUUCAGAUUCUAUGGCCUAUCCUCAAAUGUUGAAGGAGUGCUUGGAAGGACUUACCAGCCAGAUUUCAAGAACCCAGCAAAGCCUGGAGUAGCUAUGCCAGUGGUGGGAGGUGAACAAAAGUACAGAACAACAUCACUUGUCUCUGCAGAUUGCAUUGCUUGUGUGUUCACUCAAUCCGGGAAGCUGUACCAAACAGAUUCAAGGGUGAUGGAUUACGGAAAGCUCGAUUGUACUGGUAAUUCCUUCGGUGGGAAUGGAAUAGCUUGUAGGAAAUAACUGCUAUUGUCCCAUUCUCAAGGAAUAAGUGAAGGUUUCAACUUCUCAGAUGAUAAUUAAAGUUGUGUGGUCAAGAGGUGCUUAUUGAUGAUUUCAUAUAAUAGUCAAGAUUUAAAUU